AUGUCUGAGUCCGAGUCUCAGCCUGAAUCUCCACCUGAGCCUCAGCGUCCACCUCCACCUCUACCUCAGCCUUCCCCUCUGCCUCCGGCUCAGCCUAGAGCCUCCAAGACAUUGCCAAUAGCCACACUAGUGAUGAGAAGCGUCACUUUGACUGCUCUUUUAAUAUCACUCAUCGUCAUAGCGUCAGACUCUGCCACUGCUAGGGUUGAUCUCAUCAAAUUCACCAUUCACUUCAAGGAUUUUUAUGCCUACCGGUAUAUGUUGUCAACCAUAGUCAUAGGAAUGGCCUAUACCCUCUUGCAGAUACCUUUUGCAAUUUACCAUGUAAGCAUGGGGAAGCGCCUAGUGAAACAUGGUGGCUUUCUCCAUUUUGAUUUCUAUGGUGACAAGGUUAGUCAGCUUUAUUUGCACCUAUAUAUAUAUAUAUAUGUUCUCUUAUCCCUAUUAGCAACAGGGGUUGGUGCAGCAUUUGGUGCAACAUUGGAUCUCAAGAAACGUAUGGAUGACUUGGAGGAUGACUUCCAAGAUUACGGCGUUACAGAUUUUUCCCAAUUUCGAUCAAAGGCUGAUAAUUUCUUUAACAUGGCCAAUAUCUCUACAGGAUUCCUUCUGAUUGCCUUCUUAAGCUCGGGAGUUUCAUCUAUCCUUUCAUCAAUGGCCCUUUUCAAGAAAAGAUGAUCAUGAAUAUAUAGAACAAUGACAUGCUAUUUUCUGACUUCAGUAAUUAUGUUGAAGCAAUAGCAAACCAUAUAAAUUUAAUUCUUCCUUUCUUCCUUUAUUUUUAUUUUUUAUUUUCUUUUCAAGAAGUGAUGUUGUAACUAAGGAUGUUGGCAUUUUAUGCUCUAAAAGCCAAUAUCCUUUUCUGAUUUUAAAUUUAUUUUAAUGAAUAAAAUUUAUAAUUGGAGGAUUAAAUACUUCAUAUAUUGGACAUUUAUUU